AUGAGUGCAGAAGAAGCUGCAAUAACAAAUGCAAUAGAUCCAGCGACAUCAACAACAAAGACAACAACAGCUAUUAUACCUUCAAUAACAAUAUUCACAAAGUCAAAGAACAAUCCAACUAUAAACGAUGGGCGACAUGGUGGUGGACGACAUCAACAACAUCAACGAAGAAUCAAGACGCCACCUGGCAGUGUCCUCACCAACAAACUCAAUCAAGCCAGGACACAGAUACCCUUCCCCACCACCGUUGACCAAUACGCCGACUCCUUCAAGACAUCACAUAAGAUUGCAACAUGGGCCAAUGGGCCAGACUUGAGUGCGACGCGACAUAUAUUACUUAAUGGCUCAUCAGAGGACACGUCUAAACUGUUUGAUAAGCUGAUAUCAUCAAAGUUCUUGGACAUCAAUAUACUUAAUGCAUUCUUUGAACACUUCCUGCAGUGUGGCGAUCUUGCUCAAGCGUCUCGCGCGAUUACUAGUGCCAAUGAGAGAGGACUCAAAGACAACAGACGAUUCAUAGAGCUCAAUCUGCGAUACUAUGUCAUGGCAGGCGAGAACCAACAAUGGCUGCGACAGUAUUUCGAACAGAUAAACUGCAUAAAGACGGACAACACAUGCACGAUCGAUGUGACCACCGUGUUGGACACGCUGCUCUACCUCGAGGAUUACGCGCGCGCACUGGCACUGCUUGAAGCCAACUUUGACACACAUUCUGGACCAAUGCUCAGCAUCUACCUCAAUCACUACAUCCGACGCAUGGGCGACAUCUCGGGUGCAUUGUCCUUCUUGCAGAAGUACAUCGAUCAAUGCACGGAACACACAUCGUGGUGGACCACCAACUUGGCCUCAUUCAUAUCCACGCUCGACGCCAGCAAGCAUGCCAAUGUAUGCAUGGCACUACUCGAGUUACUGGCGACCAACAGUAUCGAGAUCCAACCAUCGACAUGGUUGCGCAUCAUUCAUUGGGCGUUGUUCAACGAGUCAUCGUUACACAUUGCCCUGGACAACUACGCACAGAUCAAGAACAGCUUAUCCCCGGUGGACUACCUACCGAUAUACCAAGACAUCCUGGGGUCGAAGCUCCCGGUGACCCCGGCUUACUUUGAGGUGUUGGAUCGGUGGCUAUGCAUGCAUCCUGCUCCCCCGGUGGAGCUGUGCUACCUCUACUUUCUACAUGCUACACGCCCGAGCCAUCAGCUCAUUGGCAUCAUCAGCAGCAUGUCAGAUCUACAUGCCCAACUGAUCGUUCUGGCUGAGCGUCUGGGCGCCACACAUAUCGUCACAGAACUGACCAAGCCACUACAAUCGGCGUCGACAAAGCGAAAUACGGACACAAUCAAGAUGGUCAUAUUAUACUACCUACAUCUUGGUCACUUCUCGCCGGCACUCAACUGGUAUCACUCCAACAACUUCGACUCCCCACUGAUCUCGUACGCCCUCGCCAAUCACUAUACACAGCACGACCUGAUGCCCUCCUCCAAGCUCUCAGCAGUGCACUGGAAGAACCUGCUCUUUGUGCGCCACUCGCUCAACUUUGAAGACUGCCACAAACAAAGCGCAAAGUUCAAGCAGAUCAAGACGCAUAUGGCCUUGCCAUUUGAACACUUCAUUGCAAGGCCCCCAACACUCAAGGAGCAACUGGAUCAACAGAGUAGCAUCAUCACCCCGGUCGAGGCAGGCCUGGUCGAUCUGUGCAAUCAAGUACGCGAUUACAAACAAAAGAUCGAUCCAGAUAUACCCGCUCCACUGUUUGAUGAACUGGCGCGAACACUAACGAUGGUGUUUGAGUCGGUUACCAACAUUGAACUCGACUACACUGCCCUGUCCAACGCGAUUACCAUCCUCCGCGACAAUUGGACCAACGAGAGAUUCAUGCAGUACUGGUGCAACGAGCUGGGCGAUCGCGGCAGACAAUGGUUGUUCACGCCCAACUACUACAUCAGCUUCUGCGACGAGUUUGACGAGGCGGGACUUCAGGUCCUCUUCACGUAUGUGGACCCUCAGCUUCGUAGAUCAGUAAUGUUCCGCAAUGUGAUGUUGGAGAAACUGCUCAAUGAUCCAAUCAACUCAACACUGGCCAUGCAACUCAUCGAGAAGAUGUUGUCGGACAAUAUAAGAGUGUCUGGACGUACUUGGAAUCAGUUGGCAAUGCAUGUGGCGCGCGGCACGAUCAAGAUUGAUGGCGAGGACUUUGAGCGAUUCAAACUGAUUCAAUUCGGAAGCAGCUACAUAGUGGACACUAUGAAGUGCCAGAACAUGAUCAACAACAAAGACAUUGGAGGAGCAAAGGAGGUACUGGCCAGUCUUCAACUAGUGAAAGGCAGCAAGUCCAGCAAUCUUGCCACACUCUUCACACUUUCACUCAACCUUUACAAAUUGGAGAAGGGCACGCCACCCAGUGAAUGGAAGGCCGUAGACAUUCUGGACUACAUACAGAUAAGCCCCUCCCAUAAUGGUUUCUAUGGUACACUUAUCACUACGAUGCGAUCAUUUGGCUGCAACUCCAAGGCCAUCAAUGAUGUGGUGCUGUUGAACAGUCGUCUCCACACCACUUUGAUGGACGCUGAAGCCAUCGAGAGUGUGGUUAGCAUGCAACCAACGCCCGAGGACAGGAUAGCCGAGUUCUUAAAGUUUGUCAUAAGACCCAGGGCAAUCAGUAGGCGAUUCAGUGAUCAGCUACAGGCUGACAAUACCAUCGUCACCAAUCGAUCUGUUGCCCUAUACCUGAGGAAGGUCAGAGUCAUCCAAGUCCAGUCCAUCUCGCCAGAUGUUAUCCAACUAAUAAAAAAUGACAAUGGAUUGUGA